AACAUAGGAUGUAUAUAUUAUAUAUACAUCCUAUGUUGUACAUGUGAAUAUAUUAUUUACAUUUUAAAUAUAAAUAAUAUAUUCAGGAGUUACUUUCAUAAUUCCUAGUAAAGAAAAUUUUGUUUUAUAAAUUCCGUCAAACCAAUCUCUAUUCGAACCAACUGAAGUAAAUAUUAAUAGUGCAGAAUGGGACUAAUUUGAUUUGAAAGCGUUUUUUUUUUUUUUAUCUAAUUAAUGUCUUCUAUAAUUUUAAUAUUUAAUUAUGUAUAUCUCAUAAAACUGAAACCAGGUUAACUAGACCUUCUAACUUCAAAGGCCUUGUAUUUAUUUUGCUGGAUAUAACGAAACACCGCAUAUAAUAUCCAUAAUCUAUGCAUAAAUAGAAUUGUUUCAUAGAUGUAGUAUAACAUAAAGGUUUCUUUCGUAUUUUCUUUUUAAACUGUUGGUCAUUAAUUUUAGAUAAAUAAUUGUAUAUUUGUGUUCAUCUUCUUUAUUUGACAAACUUGUCAAAGCUCAAAAGUAGAUUCAAACAGUCAGUGGCAAAUCAGAUUACAAAAAUUAACUCUUUAAAAUUUUAAAUUAUGUUUGACGAUAUUGUCUAUUUUAGUUCUUUAUUAGUUUGCAUUUCCUUAGGUGGUUUUUACAAAAAAAUUGAAAAUUCAGAAAUAAAACGCAAUUAUGGGGCGGGUCUUGGCUUACUUGUGGCUUGCUUGAUUUGUGGCCAUCACAUUUACCACACAAUAUUUCUCGUUUGGGGCAACAUUAUUAUAAUCAAAUGUUGUGAUAAACGUUUUGUUCACCAAAUAAGUAUAGCUUACACAUGGACCUACCUUUUGUACUUGCAUUUUAACCUGACGUCCACUAAGUACGUGUUAUGGAUACACCAAACUAUGGCGUUAAGACUCGUGGGACUGGCUUUUGAAGUAAAUAUGGCUGACAGGAGUAAAAUGUUCCAAAGAGGGCUGUCAAGUUCCAAAAUGCCUAUCGACGAUAGCAACGGAUUAUCUUCAGAACCGAGCAUUCUUGAUAUAGUUGCAUAUUCUUAUUUCUUUAUUGGAUUACAUAAAGGUCCUUAUUACAGAUGGAAAAUCUUCAACGACCACUUUAACGGUCCCUUUGGAACUUUGGGUGAUUGGAGAAUUGUUACCGAACAAAAACUAAAAAAGGCUUGUUUGUAUACACUCGGAUAUCUUUUGUUUACGUUGAAAUAUUCCCCACAGAUAUACUACGACGACAACUUUUACGUAAACUAUGGAACGGAUCAUCGUUUCCUCUACAACAUUUCACAACUAAUGAGGCACUUCUUCCAAUGUCACAUCGUGUUGAUGCUGUGCACGAGUGUGGCCACGGAGGCCGGGUUCGGGGUGUAUCCAGCCAAAUGUCAACCUUUACCAGGCUAUGGUCCUUCCGUACAGUACAGCUUUUUGAAAUUAGUGUAUGCUAACCGUAUCAUUCAUAUGACAGAUACACCAGGCGUAGCACUUAUGCAGGAAUAUAAUUUUUCAAUGUUGAAAUGUUUCGAAAAUGAAAAACUAUUAAUCGGACCUAAGAUGAAAGAUACAGUGCGAUGCUGGGAUAUGUCAACACAAUAUUGGUUUUGGGCAUAUAUAUAUAAAAACUUAACGAAAACAAAAGCAAGCAAGGAAAUCAAGAGUGCCUGCUCAUUUCUUGCAUGGACAAUCUGGUACGGACCUAAGCUACAGCAAGUUAUAUUAUCUGCCACUCUUUGGGUUUACGUGCAUCUGGAGUCUGAAUAUAGCAAGCUCUACAACCCAGUAGGCUCGAUGAAAUUAUCAUGGGAUAUCGGUUUUUCAAUAAUGCGGUUGUUCUGUUUGAUCUACUUGACUCCGUGUUUCAUAAUUUCCGAUACCACAAUAAUGUUAAAGUACUACAAUUCUAUAUUUUGGAUGUAUCAUAUAGUUUUAUUGUCGCUUAUUGUUGUAGCAGUCAUCAUAAAUAAGAAUAAAGAAGAUUUACGACUUUAAAGUAGUGGGAAUACAAAAAUAUAGAGUGAUACUAUGCGGUAAAUCCUUAUCCUCACAGAUCUUUCUGCGAGUGCUCAGGUUGUAAAAUGAGCUCCCCGCCGAGGUUUUCUCUAAAGACCAAAGUAAAUGACACCUCUAGUGUUAAAGGCGUCCAUAGACUACAAUGACUGCUUAUCAUCAGACAGGCUGUAUGCUUGUAUGCUACUUUUGUGGUAUAAAAAAAAAUCCUUAAAUGUAAAAAGUAUCACAAUUUAUAAUGCUACUACCUACCUACCGCGUAAUUUUUAUUAUGUAUGACAAUAGAUAACUGUGACUGAUAAUAAAAUCGUUUUUGCAAAUAUUUUGUAUCUUCAUUUCAUACAAAUAUUUACUAUAUAUAAAUUAGAAGGAAACUUUUUUGUGAAGUAAAAUAAAUGUAUAUAAAAUUAUUCACACUACUAAUGUAUAUUUAAAUAUUCUUUGGCAAUGACAAAUAUAUGUUAUGAAAUGUUAAGAUCAUAACUCAUAACCAUUUAAUUUUUAAUAAAUUUUAAUCCACAUACAAUCUCAGUUGAGAUGUAUUAUCUGAUGUAAAAAUAUGUUUUUUAUCUAACACAUUUGGAUUAUUUGUCCGUGUUGAAACUAGAUCGUAAAAUACGUUUUAUUAUCUCACCAGGGUUUAAAGUUAUGUCUGAGCAUUUGUUUUUAUAUGAAUUUUGACGCAAACUAUAACUAUUAUACGAAAACUGUUAACUUUAUUUUAAACUAGUCUUUAUUAUGUCCGCCGUUAACUGUCCACUACUGUACAUGAGGCCACUGAUGUUUGCCAGCAGUUGCCACGUUAGGCAAGCGGGUAAGCAAUCGCAGUUAGAUUUUGAUGAUGUUUUAAAGGGUG